UUGAACCGUACUUCUCAGGCAGGACUUCCAUCCCCAACGCGGAUUUCUUAUGAGAGCUAUGGCUCAUGCGUCCAUGCAUUUGGAAUUAAACGCGGAAUAUCUGGGCGACCUCGUGAAUGCACCAGGAUAUUUUGCAGUUUAAAUCCUGACAGUGAGGUCGAUUUUCAGUCCUGAGACUACGCAGCUAAGUGCAUUGUGCGGUAUAAGAGAGAGAGAGAGAGAGAGAGAGAGAGAGAGAAGGACGUAGUUUUUUUUUCUUCCGUUUUCGCGUUGUCAGUUUGAGGAGGAUGAAAUGGAUGAUGGUGCAGAAAGACAGAGUUUUAAAGCGCAUCGGUGCGAAUGAAGCUUAACGAAGCAGAAUCGACACGUUUCCACAUAUCAAGGUGAAAGAGUGACCCAAUGAAGUGGAGUAUAACCUUGUCAGUGUGCCAAUAUAGAAGUCACCUUGGCUCGCUCUUCCAAGAGCAAAAGGGAAGAAAGAGUGAGAGAGACAGAGGAAGAGAUAGAGCGACUUCUCUGAUUGUUUGUUCACAGCAGGGAGGCAGGGAGGAUCGUGAGGGAGCCUGGAGUCUAUCCCAGUGAACUUAGGACUACCCUGGAUGAGUUGCCAACCCAUCGCAGGGCACAAUCAAAGACACACACAUUCACAUGUCUUUGGACUGAGGAAGGAAACCAGAGUACCCGGAGGAAACCCCAAAGCACGGUGAGACACUGAGGUGUAAAAUUAAACAGCUUUGGCUUUAAGAAGCUAAAACGGACCUUGUGGAAAAACCUACACUAUCUAGGCCUUUGUACAUGAUCUACCAUGGCCAAAGUGUUCUGCAGCCUCCUGCUUCUGGGAAGUACAGUGAUGACAGCCACUGCAUGCCCCAAGUACUGUGUCUGCCAGAACCUGUCUGAGUCUCUAGGCACCCUGUGUCCUUCUAAAGGCCUUCUCUUUGUCCCACAUGAAAUUGACCGUCGGACUGUCGAGCUGCGACUGGGGGGGAACUACAUUAUCAGGAUUACACAGCAGGAUUUUGUCAACAUGACAAGUCUUGUGGACUUGACACUUUCUCGGAACACCAUAAGCUCCAUCCAGCCUUUCUCUUUUGUGGAUCUUGAGACUCUACGCUCACUUCAUCUGGACAGCAACCGCCUAACCGAGCUUGGCCCAGAUGCUCUGAGAGGUCUGGUCAACUUGCAGCACCUCAUUCUGAAUAACAACCAGCUGGGCCACAUCUCAAAAGAGUCCUUUGAUGACCUGCUCCUAACGCUGGAGGAUUUGGACCUGUCCUACAACAACCUGCAGAGUGUACCCUGGGAGGCCAUUCGGAAGAUGCUCAGCUUGCACCAGCUCAGCCUUGACCACAACCUCAUCAGCCACAUUUCUGAGGGCACUUUCACAGACUUGGACAAGUUGGCCAGACUUGACCUCACAUCAAACCGGCUCCAGAAGCUUCCACCAGAUCCCAUAUUUGCACGGUCACAGACCACUGUAGUGCUGAGUACACCAUAUGCUCCUGUGUUAUCCCUUAGUUUCAGUGGAAACCCACUUCAUUGUAAUUGUGAGGUUUUGUGGUUGCGACGACUCAAGCGGGAGGAUGACAUGGAGACUUGCGCAUCUCCUCCAAACCUAAAGGGCCGGUACUUCUGGUAUGUGCGUGAGGAGGAGUUUGUCUGUGAGCCACCUUUGAUUACUCAACAUACACACAAACUUCUGGUGCUUGAAGGUCAGACGGCCAGCCUACGCUGCAAGGCAGUAGGUGACCCCAUGCCUUACAUACACUGGGUGGCUCCUGAUGACCGACUUAUCAGUAACUCCUCACGAGCCACUAUUUACGAGAAUGGCACCCUGGACAUCAUGAUCACCACCUCAAGGGAUUAUGGCACUUUCACUUGCAUUGCCUCCAAUGCUGCAGGAGAAUCCACUGCCUCAAUUGAACUCUCCAUCAUUCAGCUGCCUCAUCUCAGCAAUGGCACAAACCGUACCUCACAGCCCAAGUCCAGGCUGUCUGACAUCACCAGCUCCACAAAAACCAGCAAAGGAGAGACCAAACCCCAGCCAGAACAGGUGGUGUCUGUGUCAGAGGUCACAUCUGUCUCUGCCCUGGUCAAGUGGGUAGUGAGCAAAACAGCUCCAAAGGUGAAAAUGUACCAGCUCCAGUACAACUGCUCAGAUGAUGAGGUCCUGAUUUACAGGAUGAUACCACUUGCCAGCAGAGCCUUUGUGGUCAACAACCUGAUGCCAGGGAUGCAGUAUGACCUGUGCGUGCUCGCCAUCUGGGAUGACACGGCCACCACCCUCACCGCCACCAACAUAGUGGGCUGCGUUCAGUUUGUGACUCGUGUCGACUACCCACGCUGCCAGUCGCUUCACAGGCAGUUCCUCGGCGGAACUAUGAUCUUGGUCAUCGGUGGCGUGAUCGUUGCAACUCUCCUGGUCUUCAUUGUCAUCCUCAUGGUGCGCUACAAAGUGAGUAGCUCUUCCCAAGUCGCCAAGCUUGUAUCAGUGAGCAACACUUACUCUCAAACCAAUGGUGGAAUGCAGGCAGCACAGUUGGUCAAUGGGGCUCCUCCACCUCCAGCCCCCAAAGCCAUAGUUGUGAUGCAUGAUGAGGUUGUAGAGUUUAAGUGUGGCUCUUUGCAAAGCAGCCUCUCUUCCACUUCCUCAACAGACUCGAUUGGCAGUGAGAAGGUGGGACGUUACGACCCGUGUGCCAAGUCUAGCAGUGGACCGCACAGAUGGAAGCACGCACCAGCUAAAACAAGGGCAAAUCUAGACCACCUGCUUGGAGCUUUUGCCUCUCUGGACAUAAAAGCUCCUGCCAGAGAUCCAGGUAACCGUUCCUCCACAGGGGCCAUCAUGGCAGCCACAGACAUUCUUUCAGACAAGGAGCCACUGCUGGGCCGCGGAGACUCCAGGCUUGGCCGCUUGCUCAAGCUGCCACUGGAGAGCAAGCCCAAGCGCAGUCACUCCUUUGACAUGGGUGAUGUUGGUGCUUCGCAGUGCCUUAGCUACCCACAGCGUAUCAGCAACAUCUGGACUAAAAGGAGUCUGUCAGUGAAUGGCAUGCUGCUGCAGUGUGACGAGAGUGAGGGGGAAGGAGAUAAAGGGACACUUGACAGCUCUGAAUGGGUCAUGGAGAGUACAGUCUGAUUAAUGGCCAAUUGUCAGAAAAGGCCAGAUUUUUGGCCUCAGUUCUGUUUGGAUAAGAGCAAAUGGGCUGACUUUUCAAAGGAAGAAGGACUCCUAGGACCAAAUUGAAAGGAUAUGUACUGCAUGAAUUCCCAUGUUAAUGAUUUUGUCCUUCUGUCUAUUUGAUCAAACUACAAAUUCUAGGUUGACAUUGUGAGUAUAUGAAUGAGGGAAGCGGCAACAGCAAGGGCUGGCCCUCAUCACUGAAGCCUGAACCUGAGGCUCUCGCUGACUGCUUUUGCAAUUUGACAACAGAUGUGGAUUGAUAUCCAAUCAUGAAUGAUGUAUGAGAAUCUCAGAGAAAACAAAAGACUGUUUUUUUUUCCUUUCUCAAGCUAAGUGGAUGUGCAAAAAUGACACAAAAGACUAAAUGCACAAAUUUGAUGAGAAUACAUUUGUAUGAAAAGGAUGAAAAAAAUAAAAUGUGAAUGUAAUCAAAUACGGCAUUUUUUACUUUUUUGUCAUCACUUUUUUGUUUUUGCAAUUUUUUUUAUUUCUCUUUCAUUCUUUUAAAAAAAUCAGAUAACCAAUGAUUGGCUGACUUAUUGGUCUAUAGGUUAGUAUUCUUGUAUAUUGCCCAUAUAUAGUUUCAAAAGUCAAAUUAAUAUUAGAAUGCCGUGUUUAUGCUAUCUGCUGAAUGAUUUAUGUCAUCACUGAGUGCUGUAAUAGGAAUAAUAAAUUAGAAUUUUUAGAGGGGUAUUUCAUUAUUAAGCAAACACCAAACAUCAAUAACUUCUAAGCUCGAUCUAUUUUUUCCUUCAAAUCCUCUAAUAGAUUACUGGAAAAUCGAGGAUUUGUUUUGCCAUUGGCUUGCCUUAAGGCACAGAUUUGUUGAUAUUGGCUACUCCUUGUUUCUGGGUUUUUUUGUUUUUUUCAUUUCAUCAUUCUGUCUAAUUAUUGCAAAUAAAUUCUGCCAUUUAUUUCUGUGGAAAAACAUUUUAUAUGAAAGGCAUAGAAAUAAACAGAUUCUGCGUCUCUUAAGUUGUAAAUGUGAUGAUAAAGUUAUCAUUUCAUACUGUAUGUAUUUUUUUCAUUUGGAAAACAUUUAUUUUUAUAUUUGCAAAGAUUUAUUGGUUUAUUGCCUUUAAUACAUACCACCAUCCAAUAAUUAUUUCAGAUUAUUUACAUGAAAUAAGAAGACAAUUAAUCCCACAUACCUCCAUUUCAGUUAUGUUUUUAUGUAAUAAUUUUUCUUACUGCUUUUGUGUAAUACAUUUUUUUAACUGCUUUUGGUGUAUGAUUAUUUCAAUUAAGUUUUGUACAACUAUGUAUGAAAGCAAGGUGUACAGUGAUACUUUUAUUUUCCUGGUCAGCAUCAGUAAGAAGGUGCGUCGAUGUGUGUAUGUGGCGUUACAUAGACAUAGAUUUUUCCCUUGGGUUGUAAAAAAACAAAGAAAAAGAAAAGUCUUCUGUGAAAUAUUUCUGUGAUUAAAAGCUUUUGUUACAAAAAUAUAUAUAAAUAUAAAUUCAUAA